GUUCCUCUUGUUCAAGUGUCGGGUACAGCUCUGUGCAACGAAAAAGCCCUGCCCAGAGAGGCUGAACUCACAAGAAGGAGAGGAAAGAGAGAGAGAGAGAGAGAGAGAGAGAGAACCAUUUCAAUGAGCAUACAGAGAGGUUUUGUCAUUUAGCUGAUUGGCAGCACAGCUGUUAAAACUUGAAUAAUUUGGUCUAAGCUUGACUUUGCUGCUUGUCGGCUUGUCUGUUUAAAAUUUACAUUUUGGUUAAAGGCUGUUUUUUGUUGAAUCAUUUUUUUUUUUAAGGUCUGUGUCUUCCUUUUUCUAUUCGAGUGUUUCGGUCAUCUUCUUUUUCCAUCAUGAGGGCAGUGUUCUUGCUGAUUCUGGGUCUCUCCUUCUCCCUGAUGGCAGAUUUGGCACUCUCAGCCUGCUUAAUAGGGUUUGAAACACGACCUGAUGGUUGUUUCGAUGUGGAUGAAUGCGCCGAUAAGGAGCAGCCAGUCUGUGGAUUGCAUGCGGUGUGCUUCAACAGCGAUGGCAGCUACUACUGCCAGUGUAACUCUGGGUACAGUACGAAGUCACGUGCUGUCAAUUUCACACGUGAUUCAUGUAAAGACAUAAACGAGUGUCGUGAAAUGAGGGCUGAUUGUGGUCCCAACGCAAAAUGUAAGAACACACCGGGAUCGUAUAACUGCAGCUGCGAACAGGGAUUUGCCUCCAGCAACGGGGCAAAAACUUUUUUGGCCACCGAUGGGAUCACAUGUAAAGACAUAAACGAGUGUAAUGAAACCAGGGAUUAUUGUGGUCCCAACACAAAAUGUAAGAACACACCGGGAUCGUAUAACUGCAGCUGCAAACAGGGAUUCGUCUCCAGCAACGGGACAGAAACUUUUUUGGCCACCGAUGGGAUCACAUGUACAGAGCUGACCUGUAAUCAUUUUGCACCAGUGGGUUCACAUGACCAGAUACCAGCAGGGCUUGAAAAAGUUUUAUCGCUGAUGAGAGACGCAUGCAAUGCCCUGAAUGGUUCUCCUAGACCAGAAGGAGAGACACUGUUGGAGAGCCUGUUAACCACAAUCGACGAGCUGCUGUCGGCUGGGCCGCUGAAAGAUAACGGCAUGGUAACCCGCUUCCUGAAGGUGGUAGAGGAUGCCCUGCGGCUGAUAGGGUUUCUAUUGCCCAAUAACAGGAUCAGGAAAUCCGCCAACCACACAGACGUGCAGUUUUUAGUGAAGAGGGGUCAGAUGUCCCCCAAGGGGAAGAUCAGCCUGUCGUCUGAACACGUACUUCUGGAUACACACUGGGAGACUGCUGCCGGAGAUACCACCUACCCUGGGUUUGCAGCUGCCUCUCUCAUGACUUAUAAAGGCCUGGAGUCAUCCACCAAUGACUCAUUCCAGGGCCUGAGCGCGAAGCACAACGGCACCAAAUUCUCAAUGAACUCCAAAGUGGUGACAGUCAGCGUCAGCAAUGAGAACACGGGACACCUGCAGAAACCCGUCACCCUCACCCUUUCACACCUUCAGAAAACGGAGGAGAACCGCUCCCACUCCUGCGUUUACUGGGACGGGGCGAGCGGGGGCUGGUCUGAGCGGGGCUGUGAGGUGGUGCGCUCCAACUCCACGCACACGGUGUGCGCCUGCUCUCACCUGAGCAGCUUCGCCGUGCUGAUGGCGCUGUACGAGGUGGAGGAUGCAUUCCAUUUGGAGGUGAUCACCUGGGUGGGGCUUUCCGUGUCUCAGGUGUGCCUUCUGCUCUGCAUCGUCACCUUCUUCUGCUGCCGCUCCAUCCAGGGAACACGCAACACCAUCCACCUCCACCUCUGCGUCUGCCUCUUCAUCGCCAACCUCGUCUUCCUCGCAGGCAUCUCCAGCACACAGAACAAGGUUGGCUGUGCGCUUGUGGCCGGUCUCCUUCACUUCUUCUUCCUGGCGGCGUUCUGCUGGAUGUGUCUGGAGGGGGUGCAGCUGUACCGCAUGGUGGUGCUGGUCUUCAACACCACGCUGCGCCCCCGCUGCAUGACGGCGGCCGGUUACGGCAUUCCCGCCAUCAUCGUCGCCAUUUCCGCCGGCGUCCGCUCCGAGGGAUACGGCACCGAGCGAUUCUGCUGGCUGACUCUAAAGCAGGGAUUAAUUUGGAGUUUCUUUGGUCCUGUCUGCAUCAUCAUCACGGUGAACGCCUUCUUCUUCCUAAUAACAGUGUGGAAGUUGGCAGAAAAGUUCUCUAGCCUCAACCCAGACCUCUCCAACCUGAGGAAGAUCAAGGCAUUCACAAUAACUGCAAUUGCUCAGCUGUGCGUGUUGGGCACUAUGUGGAUCUUCGGCUGUUUCCUGUUUGAAAAAGGCAAUCGCCCCUUGGAGUACAUUUUCACUGUCCUCAACAGCCUACAGGGGGUGCUGCUGUUCCUGAUGCACUGCCUGCUCUCCAAACCGGUGAGAGAAGAGUAUGGCAAGUUCCUGUCCCACCUCUGUACGUCUCAGAAGAAAUAUUCUGAAUUCAGCACCAACCAAUCUGGCAGCUCCCGGGCUUCCAAGAGUGCUCAGCACACAGGAGAGUCACGAAUCUGACGGCUACACCAAGACCCAUGAUGCUUUUAAGUGCUGGAUACUGUCUUUUCCACCAUGGCCCCCUCUUUGACCUCCUCUGCUCCCCCUAGUGAUUGUUACUGCAUAAGAUAAGAAUCUGAGCUGAAUUAAUGCAAUCAGCAAGGUUGCGCAAAUCUAUUGGCUAACUAGUCAAGAGAGAGCCAGGCUAUUGCUAGACUCCAUAAAGAAAAGCUAUUUGGUAAUUUGACUCAGGGAGGUAAUAUUAUUGGUGGAUUCUUUGGGGUAGAGAAAUCACUCUAUA